AUGUUACAUCCCAUCUUACUCUCUAUAGCAAAAGUUAGUUCAAAACUACUAACGGAAAAACUUGAAUUAUUACUAACUGCAGUUGACUUGAUAACAGGAUUGAAAAAUAUUCUUUCUGAAUUUAGAUCCUAUGACCAUGACUUUGAUGCUACAUUAAAAAAUUGUGCUGAAUUUAACAUAGAGAUUCCAGAAGUUAAGAAACAGAAAAUAUCAAGUAGAGUUGAUCCUAAUAAAGAAACACAACAUUUUAUAGAAUCUAAAAAAGAAGAAAUGAAAUAUUCCUGUUAUUUUGUAACAUUAGAUGAAAUGUUAAGUGGCUUAAAUUCACGUUUUAAUCAAGAAACUUUGAGUAUAAUUUCUGCAGUUGGAAAUUUAAUUAAUCUUACAACCAGUGAAAAUGAAUACGUUUGUUUAUCAAAUACAUUUGAUAUUAAUAUCGACGAUUUAAAAAGUGAAAUCAAACUACUGAACAAUUUUUCAAACACAGAAAUGCCUAAAGGUACAUCAACAGUAACUAUAACCCAGUGGCUUCAUUGGCUAAAUCAUUCUGACAGAGCAGAUAUUUUUAUUAACUUCAAUAAAGCAUUACAAUUAUUUACUACAAUCCCUGUCAUAAGUUGUUCAAGUGAGAGAGCUUUUUCCAAGCUUAACAUUGUAAAGUCAAAACUUCGGGCUAGUAUGAAUCAAGAGCGUCUUGACAGCUUACUUUUUAUGAGUAUUGAACAAGAAGUACCUAUGCACAAAAAUUGA